CAUUCCCAAAUUAAAACGCAGAAAACACUCUGGUCAUUGAAAAGGAAAACACGAAAAACGCAAUGGCGUUCUCACUGUUUUCUACUCCACAACAACAACAACCACAGCAACAGCUGUUUCAGCCUCAAUCUCAGCCUUUUCAGCAGAGUAGCCCUUUUGCUUUUCCGCAGCAGCAACAGCAACAACAACAACAACAACAACAACAGCAGCAGCAAAUCUUCCAACAACAACAACAACAACAACAACAGCAACAGCAACAGCAACAGCAACAGCAGCAGCAGCAGCAGCAACAUUUCUUUCUGUUCACCAACGAUAAGACUCCGGCGAAUUAUAGUACCAAGUGGUCGGAACUUCAUCCCGAGUCUCAGAAAAUUCUCCUUAAGAUCGAGGAGCGGAUAUUGGAGUAUAGAGAUGAGAGCCAGAGGCUAGAUCAGUGUAGUCGUCUUUAUGAUUCUUCGGUUUCCAAUGAUGCACUCGAGCUUGAUGCAAGCCAUAUUGUUCAGGAACUUGGUGGAGUUAGUACUGCAAUGGAACGACAGAAAGCUUUGCUGCAUGAGCUAAUGGCUGUUGUGAAAGAUAUGUUACGGAACACAGAGGUUGCUGUUCGCUCUUUCAUGAUGCUACGCCCAAGGUUCCUUCAUCCAAAUGCUGGAGGUGCUUCGAAUGCCACUGCACCGUCACAAGCUCCAGGAACAGUAGUUCCAUCUGGUUCAAGUAGUCAAAUGACAGCAACCUCUAUGGUGCCAGUUUUUGAUUUCUAUAGUGGGGUUCCAAGAAAACCAUCUCCCUUUUUACAGCAAACAGUUGCCAGAUUCGAGAAGUAUCUUGGUGAGUGCCGCCAGUGGAUUGAAGAGUUAGAGCAGCUUCUUCUCUUAAGUUCUGAAAGGAGCUCUUCCAAUCUUGGAUCCUCAUUAUUACAAUCUCUUCCAAAAGUCAUGUCAAAUGUACAUGACUUUUUUCUUCAUGUGGCUGCUAAGGUGGAGAGUAUUCAUCAGUAUAUUGAAUCCAUGAAAGCAGCUUAUCUUGCUGACCAGCGCCGCCGAGGGGAUGGGAAUGAUCCGUUUCUUGAGGCUGAUCGGCGUGAAACAGCAAGGCAAGAAGCUGCUGCUAAGAGGGUACAUCCAACUUCGCACUUGCCUACAAAUUCACAACCAUCAACACAAGUUGCUGGGUUAUUAGCGAGCUCAGGGAUUCAUGGGGCAUCAACGACCCUGCAGACAUCUGCAGCAACUACAUCAGCUUCAUCUGGGAGUGGGUUGUCACUUUUUGGUACUCCUACUUCUGCUCCUUCCUCUUUGCCAUCUUCUUUGUUUGCAACACCAACCACUUCUGCUCCAGUAUCCUCUCUAUUUGGAUCAUCUGGAGCUACGCCCCAGACAUCACUUUUUGGUUCUUCAUCAGCAUCUUUGUUUGGUAGUGCUGCUCCAUCUUUUGGUUCUACCGCUCUCUCUGGAAGUUCACUAUUUUCAACACCAUUUGCUUCUGGUGCCGCAACAGGAUCUGGGUCUAGCUUUGGGGCUCCAUCGAAAUCAUCGAAGCCGAAAUCUCGAACUGGUAGACGGUAGCCACAGCGGCUUUGGUUAUUAAAUCUGGAGGAAACCUCUUGUAUUUCUAAAGAUGUUGAGGAGUUUCAUGUCGAGAACCAUUUUCUUUGCUCUCUACAUUGUCUUAAUAUGGCUUCUUAUGACGGGGAGUUGGUGUUUCUCCAAAGAUUUCUCAAACAAUCGAGGAAAAUCAACUUUGCAGAUCAAAUGCUGCUGUGUCAUGAGAUUCCCGAUCUGUGUCAGUCCUUUGUGUUUCUAAAUAUUGCAGUGAGAUGCUGGCAGAUCAUUGUUACUGUAACAUGGUAGAGUAGAAUCUUAGGUAAAAUGACUUGGGAUGUGUAUUCUCACGGAUAAAGUUGUAGCCCAUUUGUCGAGAUAUCGAAAUGUGAUGAAUAAACUCUCAAUCUGCUGCCUUA